AUGGCCGAACUGGAUGCCCUUAUCGACUCGCUUAUUGAACAGCGCAAGGCUCCAGAAGCGUCCUACAUCGACAGCAAACAUGAAAAGACGCUGAAGAUCGAACAGAUACCAGGCAAGGGACAAGGAGUAUUCGCAAAACAGUUCUUGUCUGUCAAGGAGCCGAUCUGUUCAUUAAACUACCCAACUAUGAUGGCGAUCGAUUCGGACUUCUUGCAGACGACGUGCUACCACUGCCUCGUUGUCACGGAGAGUCCGCUGCCCAUACCAGGAUACGGACACGCAACUGUCCAACUGAAGAUCUGCAACGGCUGCCACGCUGCGCGCUUCUGCAGUCGAAACUGCCAGGUUGAAUCGUGGCAUGCAUACCACAAGUACGAAUGCAAAAUCUUCAAACGGGUGCAGAACAACCUGCCCCCAGCUAUCCUUAGGGCGGUGCUGCGGGCGGUGCUCCUCAAGGACCGAGAUAAGGUGCCGAGUGACGAAUGGAGCCGUAUCACGCAGUUGGUUUCGCACGAAGAGAUCCUUGCGGCGCGGGGACGGUCCAACCUUACGGACAUGGCGGAAGGAAUCAAACACCUGGCGGCGUCGAGCAUGAGCAUCGAGACGAUCCAGCGACUGAUUUUCAUCAUGAAGUCUAACGCGACUGAGCUGCCGACUCCGAUCCAGGGAGGUAUAGGAGUCAUGCUUGAGCCUCUCGUGGCCAAAUUCAACCACAGCUGUGAACCCAAUCUGGCAGUCCACAGACCCCAACACACCAUGACCAGCGGCUGGAUGAGCUCGACGCAGCUCUCCGACGAUGAGAGACGGACAUUUAUCCGGGUUAUUCCUCUAAGAGACAUUCAGCAAGACGAGGAGCUGUUCAACUGCUACAUUGUGCCCACGGCGUCAGCGAGCGCCAGGAGAGCGAAGCUCAUGGAGGACUACUUUUUCACUUGCAAUUGCUCCAAGUGCCUUUCGGAUAACAAAGCCACGACGGACCUGGCCGCUGAGCAACCCAGUCUCCCAGCCCAGUUUGAUAAGUGGACCGAAUCUGUUGCUCGCCAUCUAUCGCCGGAAAAGCGAAGCUCGGGUGGCUUUCAAAAGGCUGCAGCAGGCAUGGAUAAGUCGGACCGGUUUUUUGACUACCCUGCCCUCUACACGACGGGCAAAUUCCCUGAAAUGGCCAUGAGACUCAUUCUCGAAGGGUUGAAGUAUCAGGCCUUUGACGAAGCGCUGGUGAACGUGCUUCGGAUCUACUUCCUCGUCAAUCCACAGCGCUUCGUCGGCCGGCAUAACCCUACCAACAUCUAUACCAUCUUCCUCAUGCUUGACAUAUUCGAUGUCCUGCUGGGGAUAUCGACUUCUUCUUCGGGGAUUACUAGCGACAAGGUAGAGAGUUCGCUGCGUAACCUGUCUGAUCGAGGACUGGACAAAAACGGACUGAUGUACUGGCGACAGAGAAUAUGUGCAGAUUUGAGAAAAAGGCUGGAAGAGAGUGCGUUGACGGAUCUGCUUAGUCUGGUCCAGAUGCGGGAAGAGCAAGCGAAGCAUAUCAGUGACCAGGUCGUCCUUACUGAAGGGGAGGGAUUAAAGGGGCAAGCAGAAGGGGGAAUGCGAGCCGUCCUGAGGUUAAAUGAGCAGCGAUGGGAGACUAUUCUGCAGGAGACCGGGUGCUGA